AUGGCAGAGUUAAGAUUCCAAGUGGAACAAGUAAUGGUUUUGGAAAAUGGAAUGCCAACUACCACUACCACUGCCAAGAAAGGAUCGAAUCAAAGAAUCAUUGGUAUCUCUGAAGAUGGUAUACUAGUACUCUCAAAGGAUGAAACUGAAAUUAUAGAAACAGUGGAAUGGUCGGAAAUUGAACGUAUUAAGCUACAAGAGAAUUUUAUUAUUUGGGAGAUCUACUUGAUUGACCAAAGAUGUCUAUUCUUUAGAUCACAGAAUGCCUACCAUAUUCACACUGCAACCGACAACUAUAUAUCAACAUUGUUACGUAAUAACAAAAUCAAUCAAUUUUCAUCAAAUAGUUUCGACACCAACAAUUGCACUCUACAAAGUAAAUGUAUACCAAGAAGAGGUACUAGUUUUUAUAACUAUCAAAAUGAUUUUGAUUAUAUAAUUAAUUAA